UUGGAGGCACCACAUCGUGAUCGUUAAGCGCUGAAACGGAUACUGUGCGAAAAAGGAAAAGGAUAAGGUGCAAGGACAGUUAGCGAGUGUAGGGCCAACAUAUGGUAUUGAGAUGUGACGGCUGGUCGAAUCUAGUCAAAUUUGAAUAACAUUUCGCGUCGAAAAGAGUCAUAAAAUCAAACAAGAUGACUAGCGUCGAAUCGGAUGCCGAAAAGGCCGCAGGCUCACGGCUCGACUAUGACCUGAUGAUGGCGGAGGAGUAUAUUCUCAGUGAUGUGGAGAAGAAUUUUAUUCUGUCCUGCGAGCGUGGUGACCUUCCGGGCGUUAAGAAAAUUCUGGAGGAGUUUGAGGGCACCGAUAAGUUCAACAUAAACUGCACGGAUCCCAUGAACCGCUCGGCCCUCAUUUCGGCCAUCGAGAAUGAGAACUUUGACCUGAUGGUGAUUCUCCUGGAACACAACAUCGAAGUGGGGGAUGCUCUGCUGCACGCCAUAUCCGAGGAGUAUGUGGAGGCCGUGGAGGAGCUGCUGCAAUGGGAGGAAACUAACCACAAAGAGGGCCAGCCCUACAGCUGGGAGGCAGUGGACCGUUCAAAGUCAACGUUCACCAUGGACAUAACCCCCCUGAUUCUGGCUGCGCACCGCAAUAAUUACGAGAUUCUUAAAAUACUGCUGGAUCGCGGUGCCACGCUGCCCAUGCCCCACGACGUCAAGUGCGGCUGCGAUGAGUGCGUUACCUCUCAGACCUCGGACUCCUUGCGUCAUUCGCAGUCGAGGAUCAACGCGUAUCGGGCGCUGUCAGCCAGUUCCUUGAUAGCCCUCAGCUCGCGAGACCCUGUACUGACAGCCUUUCAGUUGUCCUGGGAGCUGAAGCGGUUGCAGGCCAUGGAGUCGGAAUUUCGUGCCGAAUAUACGGAAAUGCGUCAAAUGGUGCAGAACUUUGUCACGUCUCUCCUGGACCACGCACGCACAUCGAUGGAACUGGAGGUGAUGCUUAACUUCAACCACGAGCCGUCGCACGAGAUUUGGUGUCCCGGCCACAGGCAGACCCUGGAAAGAUUGAAGCUAGCCAUUCGAUACAAGCAGAAGACUUUUGUGGCCCAUCCGAAUGUCCAGCAACUGUUGGCCGCCAUUUGGUACGAUGGCCUGCCGGGCUUUCGACGCAAACAGGCAUCCCAGCAGCUCCUGGAUGUGAUCAAGCUGGGAUGCAGUUUCCCCAUAUACAGCUUGAAGUACAUUUUGGCCCCGGACUCGGAGGGGGCCAAGUUCAUGCGCAAGCCCUUCGUCAAGUUUAUCACACACUCCUGCUCCUACAUGUUCUUCUUGAUGCUGCUGGGUGCCGCCUCGCUGCGAGUGGUGCAGAUCACCUUUGAACUGCUGGCCUUUCCGUGGAUGCUGACCAUGCUGGAGGAAUGGCGCAAGCAUGAACGCGGCUCUCUGCCGGGCCCCAUUGAACUGGCCAUCAUUCUCUACAUCAUGGCUCUCAUAUUGGAAGAACUCAAGUCUCUGUACUCCGACGGUUUGUUUGAGUACAUCAUGGAUCUUUGGAACAUUGUCGACUAUAUAUCGAACAUGUUCUACGUCACGUGGAUUCUUUGCAGAGCAACGGCCUGGGUUAUAGUUCAUCGAGAUCUUUGGUUCCGCGGCAUCGACCCGUACUUUCCCCGCGAGCAUUGGCAUCCAUUUGAUCCGAUGCUGCUCUCGGAGGGCGCCUUCGCGGCAGGCAUGGUCUUUUCCUACUUGAAACUGGUGCACAUCUUUUCGAUAAACCCACAUUUGGGACCGCUGCAAGUCUCCCUGGGACGCAUGAUCAUCGACAUCAUAAAGUUCUUCUUCAUCUACACUCUGGUGUUGUUUGCAUUCGGCUGCGGCCUGAACCAGCUCUUGUGGUACUACGCGGAGCUGGAGAAGAACAAGUGCUACCACCUGCAUCCCGAUGUGGCCGAUUUUGAUGAUCAGGAAAAGGCCUGCACCAUCUGGCGACGAUUCUCCAACUUAUUCGAGACUUCGCAGUCGCUCUUUUGGGCAUCCUUCGGCUUGGUGGAUCUAGUCUCGUUCGAUUUGGCUGGCAUUAAGAGCUUCACCCGGUUCUGGGCCCUUCUGAUGUUUGGCUCGUAUUCGGUAAUCAACAUCAUCGUGCUGCUCAACAUGCUAAUUGCCAUGAUGUCCAACUCGUACCAAAUCAUUUCGGAGCGGGCCGACACGGAGUGGAAAUUCGCACGCUCCCAGCUGUGGAUGAGCUACUUCGAGGAUGGCGGCACCAUACCGCCGCCCUUCAACCUCUGUCCCAACAUGAAGAUGCUGCGCAAAACCCUGGGACGAAAGCGCCCAUCAAGAACCAAGAGCUUCAUGCGAAAGUCCAUGGAGAGGGCACAGGUUCUGCAUGACAAAGUGAUGAAGCUGCUGGUGAGGCGGUUCGUAACGGCCGAGCAGAGGAAGCGUGACGAUUACGGCAUUACCGAGGAUGACAUCAUUGAGGUGCGCCAGGAUAUUAGCUCGCUGCGCUUCGAGCUGCUGGAGAUUUUCACGAAUAAUAGCUGGGAUGUGCCCGACAUCGAGAAGAAGACAGCGGGAGUUGCUCGCACCACCAAGGGCAAGGUAAUGGAGCGGCGCAUACUCAAGGACUUCCAAAUUGGUUUUGUGGAGAAUCUGAAACAGGAAAUGAACGAGAGCGAGAGCGGACGCGACAUCUUCGCGUCGUUGGCGAAGGUCAUAGGCAGAAAGAAGACGCAAAAGGGUGAAAAGGACUGGAACGCCAUUGCCAGGAAGAACACCUUUACGGCGGAUCCCAUUGGCUCCAAGCGCUCCUCCAUGCAGCGCCACAGUCAACGCAGUCUGAGGAGAAAGAUCAUUGAGACGGCCAAUGAGGGUCUAGCAAUGGACCAGAGUCAAUUGAUUGAAUUCAACCCGAACUUGGGCGAAGUCACGCGUGCCACCAGAGUCGCGUACGUCAAGUUUAUGCGAAAGAAGAUGGCUGCCGACGAAGUAUCGCUGGCCGAUGACGAGGAGACCCCGAAAACCGACGAGGACAGGAAACUGGAUAGUACUAUGUCCAAGAAAUCCGCCUCAAGUGCGGCAGGCGGGGCUGCUUCGUUGGCUUCAGCUGCAUUGGCGAGAGCAUCUGUGAAGAACGUUGAUGAGAAAUCGGAUGGUAAUGGCACCAAAAGCACUCUGAAAAAGCCAACAGCAGAUGUGAAAAAGUCAGACGAAGAAAACAACAAGGAUAAGAAACAAGACUCCAAGCCAGCAGCCCCAACACCUGGUACAAAAGCUUCCGAUCAGAAGCCGGUCCCGGGAGCAGGAGCACCCAAGCCCCAAGGCACUGUGAACGGCUCAAAGCCCGGCGACCAACAGAAGCCAACCGCCCCGGCUCCACCGUCUAAGCCAGCGGACACCAAGCCAGCGCCACCCAAGCCAGGAGAGCCGGCCAAGCCAGAGGCAGCCGCCAAAAAGGAGGAAGCUGCAAAGACAGAGGGUGCAAAGCCCCCUGCAACCAAUGGAGCUGCCAAAAGUGCUGCACCUUCGGCCCCAGCGGAUGCCAAACCCGAUUCGAACUUGAAGACAGCAGCCUCAGGAGCUCCAGGUGCCACCAAGGCUGCCAACGAAACCACCAGUGCACCCACGCAAGCAGCCAAGCCCGAUGACAAAAAGUCGGGCGGUCAGGAGCAGAAAGGCUCCUCUGAUGGAAAGCCCCCAGCCCCAACGAAAACUGACGAAGCGAAACCAGGUGAGGCCAAGUCCGAUGAUGCGAAGAAACCUGGGGACGAUAAGGAUAAGAAGCCGGGUGACGAUAAGGAUAAGAAGACGGCUGAUGAUAAGGACAAGAAGGCAGCACCAGCACCCCUGAAGCCGGCCAUCAAGGUGGGUCAGAGCAGUGCCGCGGCUGGCGGCGAGCGGGGCAAGUCUACGGUCACGGGCCGCAUGAUUUCCGGCUGGCUGUAGGUAACUCCAGAGACCACCCAAUUUCUCCUGAUACUCGUAUAAUGUUAGAUUUUAGUAGCCCAAUGUAUUAGUAAACCAAUCGGAUGCGAGCAAUAAAGCAAUUUCCAAUGCAACACCGAA